UCUUCCAUGCCUGGGAAAACCACAGAGCCCAAAAUGGGGUCCGAGGGAUCGUCUAAAGAGCGGCUAAAAUGGACGCAGGAACUGCAUAAUCUGUUCGAGAAGGCAGUCAAUCAGCUGGGAGGUCCAGAAAGAGCAACUCCCAAAGGUAUUUUGAAGGUUAUGGGCAUUCCUGGAUUGACAAUCUACCAUGUUAAAAGCCACCUGCAGAAAUAUAGGAUGUCCAAGUUUGUUCCUGAAGAUCCCAUCAGAGGCAAGUUUGAAAUUAAAAGCAUAUCGGAAAUACUCCCCAAUUUCAGCGCAACAUCAGGUGCUCAGCUCAAUGAAGCCCUGCAGAUUCAAAUGAACGUUUACAAGCGACUCAGCGAUCAGCAUGAGGUACAGAGAAGCUUGAAGAUGAAAAUGGAAGCACAAGGAAGGUUUCUAGAGAGAAUAAUGGAGGAACACAGAAUGAAAGCAAGCUGCAGCUCCAAGCCAAUAAGCAAGUCCUCCUAUUCUCCCAUAAUGUCAUCACUUCCAUCUCUCUGCGAAGACUCCGAAUCAAACGUGAAAGACAUGGAAUCGGAUUCAGAAGUGGUUGACAGGAACGAGACGAUGAGGUCUAAUGAAGAAGUGUUCCCACAGCGAAAACGAAUUCGGUUUGAUGAUAAUGAAGCCAUGUCCCAAAGCUACAGCUUUGCAUCAGAAUCUCUCAACAAUAAUCUGCUUCCGUUUUCGGGUAUGGAGAUGAACAACUUCCCGUGGAGUUUUAUGUCGUAUCAAUCUCCCAUGUUGCCGGCUGCCAUGUAUGAUUCUCGCUUAUUUGAAUAAAUAAUGUUUGCAUUGCAGAGGAUAGUAUAUUAUUGCAUCUGCAAGGGAUUGAACACUACUAAUAAAACCAUAUAUAUAUAUAUAGUUUGUUGUGUGGUAGGUGAGGUGUGUCAUCUUGAUAAGCUAAGUGCAAUUAACAUCACCUUAGGGUUGUACUUAGUCAUCAAGAUGGAAUAUGCUUUGUAAUAUAUUUACUUCAAUUCCUACUUUUAACGAGAUAAGAAAUUUGUGAUAUAAUUUUCUGGUAUCACAUGUUAUGUUAGUGAUGUAAAGAGGAGAUAACAUAAUUUGUCAAGCACAAAAUACUCUUUUGA